CUUGGUGAGAGUUUGUUAUUGUUUGGUUGUCAUGGCAACAUACAACAUGGAUCGCGCUGCCAACCCACAGUCCAGCGGUCCGAUUUCCCGAAGUGGAGCACCAAUUGUGGAUGUAAUCUGCCAGUUUCAGAAGCUUUGUACACUGCCUUCGUCAGCAAUGGAAGCAACAGACGGUGUUCCCGAAGAGAAUAACGCUGAUUGGAUCCUCGAUUCAUUGGUAGCUUAUCUGCAAGGACCUGUUUGGAUUACUCCUAUUCUUAAUUUUGUGGAACAGAAAUCCGUCGUAUUCGAAGGUGAUGGUGCCGAGCUCGAGGAUGAAUAUCGAGGAAUCCAUAAGGAUUUUCGUAAUUUGGUGGAUGUUAUGCUGGGUGCCUACAUGGACGAUUUAGGCCUUCAGCCAGAACACCUGGAAUCAGCCUUGAGUCAAAUCCAGCCUUCCGUCCGAUCGGCAGCUUUACAGCAACUGCUAGAGCCCGUACAAUCCGCCGGAGAUUACGAUCGUUUUAAAGUACUGAUGCGCGCUAAAAAUGAGCAGUUGCAUAACGAAGCUGUUGAAAUGCUGCGCCGAAAGCGUGAUCAUCCUGGACAUCCGAGCAUUGAUAGUCAAAACGCGUCCAACGAUGAGUUUUCCGAAGAAGACAUCAAUGAAGCGAUUCGGCAAUCUAUGGCCGAACAUGUGGCAGAACGAAAUGCCCAAGUCGCUGAGAGGCGUGACGUGGACCGAGCGCUUGCUGCAUCCGUUGCUGGACUUCUAAAAAGCCAAACAACCGACGAAGUUGCAGGACCAUUAGCAGAAGCUGCUCCCGUAACUAACGUUCAAACUCCGACCAGAGUGGCAACGAAAGUUCCCGAUCCCGAAGAUGUAGAACGCCGCCGCGUUCUAUUACGCGCUCAGCGUGAUAAGAUUCUCAGCCAAAAGAGAAAAGAACGUGAGCUUCAGUUGCAUCAACAAGAGCUGUCCGACAGAGAAGCAGGCAAUAAAGUAGCCUUCGGAACGUCUAGACCGCGAUCCGGACGUGCGGCUCGUGCAGCUUUGGCCGGUGAAGCAUCUCCCGAAGUCGAUGAACGUACUAUCCAGUACCGCCGAUUGCUCUUGCAGAAAAUUAAAGAAGAGGUUGAGGGAACUUCAAAGUAAAGAUUUAAGUUAUGUUGACGUUGAAGCUAAAUUCUCCGCAUUAGAAAAACGUUAUCAAACAUUUUAAUUUAACGCGUUGUACCUUCAACAUUCAGUUACAGACAAGUGCUAAAUAAAAAAAAAUUGUGGUUACAAUAAUAAUGUAAUAAAACAGCACUGAAACUGUAAGGUGAGUUUUAGUUGUUCUUGAAUAAUAUGUACGCAGAUUUAACGACAAUAGAAUGACGUGAAUAAACGGCUUACCUUUCCCUAA